CUGCAAAAUGGAGACUCUAAUGUUGACAAAACAAAGGGAAGAAUGUUUAAUAUCAGUCCUUAUUUAAAAUGAUAAUAAGUAGAGAGUAAAAGUUUCCUUAUAGGAAAAUUUUCAACGACAAAAUGAUGCAUAUGAUGCCAGAAUAUUUCACUACAAAAGUCUCAAUUGAAAAUUUGUUAUUUGAGGGUAUAUCAGUGAAGAACAAUGGAGAUUUGUUUUGUGCCUGUAUUAUAAUAGGACUAGCUACAUUAUGUUUAGAAGGAUUAAGAGUACUGUUUCUGUAUUUAGAGAGUCGAGUUAGACAACAUCCACUUACAUAUGGCCAAACAGAUGCACACAGUCAAGAUAAAGCUCCUCUCUUUUCUUCGCUAUUGAUUCCAUCUUCUAUAGAAAGCAUAAGAAAAAGGAGAUUGAAGUAUCACUGUUUAGCAUUCAUUACACAUACCAUAAAUGUUAUCCUGGGAUUUCUUAUCAUGUUAGCUGUUAUGUCAUACAAUGUAUGGAUUGGAGUAUCUGUGUUGUCUGGAGCUGGAUUAGGACAUUUUCUGUUUGGUACUGUGAAGAACAGAAUUCAUCUGAAGUAUCCAACAAUAGCGCCAUCUGUGAGGAGCAACAGUUCGGUACAAAUAAACACUUUAACAGAGACACCAGAAUCUGAUGUUAUAAUGUAGUGAUCUUGUGUUCCUUUUUGCUUUUAUUGUAACUAGUCAACUGUUUAUAUAUUUAUACCACCAUACCAAGGGAGGGGAUAUAUUGCUGUAUUCAUUUUGAAGUAAAAAUCUUACAAUCUGAUUACUUAACUAUUUGGAUGUAAAUAAAACCUCACCAUAGCUUAACUAUUUACCUCCAAGUAUGAAAAUCAACUGCAUUUAAUAGAAGGAAUAAACUAUCAGACCUCUCUGUGAAUGGUAAAAAAAAAGGCAUAUACGUUUUGGCAAAUGCCACAGGAAAGCCGGUAAACAAGGGAUGUCCUUGUGCAUAUACCCAGCAAUGUCAAAUUUAUUUAAUGUUAAGUUUUUUACCAUAGUAUGUAAAAUUGUGUAGUGGAAGAACAAAUUUUUCCAUUGUACACCCCGUAUAAAAAUGAUUAAAGGAACUUGUCAUUAGAAAUUAAUUUGUUAUCUUGUAAAGGGGUGUAUGAAAUUUAACACCGAUGUUAAAUUCCACACACCCCUGAUUACACCAAGAUAUCUAAUCACCUCUGCCUGACAGCUUAUCCCAUUUCAGGAACUAUAAAUCUGAGCUUCCUGAAAUUUUGUAUCGAGUUUCAUGUGAGGUAAUCUGUUUUGUGUAAUCAUGGAAGUAUUAUAUUGACAAUAUAAUACUUCCAUGGUGUAAUUAACUUAAAUAGUUUUCAAACCAAUUAUUAAAAUGCUUGCACACAUACUAAAAUUGUGGACCUUAUGUUUUAAAAACUAUUUUAUUUUUUUUUAUUUUUUAUUUUUGGUGUUUUAACGCCACUUUUAAGCACCGCUUUUGGGCUAUUUCGUGGCGGCCAGUUUUUAUUGGUGGAGGAAGCCAGAGCGUCGGAGAAAACCACCGACCUUUUGAUAGGAAAACUGACAAUCCUAGUCAAUUAAGAUUGGAGUCUAGUGCACCCGCACGAGCGGGGUUCGAAUUCACAACCUCAGUGUUGACUGGCUAGUGAUUACAGUAGUAACUACUUAGACCACUCGGCCACCGAGGCCCCUAAAAACUAUUUGUAAUCAACUCACAAAUUUUUAAUUGGAAUAUAAAUCAGCCAUACAAAUUGUUUUGCAUUCAUUUUAAAGAUGACAAUGCACAUAUUUUAAUUGUGCACUACCCACAUUUCAAGAAAUAUUCCCAUAAAACUUGGUUUUUUUUGUCAUUUUUCAUAAAGAAAAAUUUGAAUAUAGUAUCCAUUUUGUAUAUUAAAAUCUAUAUUUUUGAACUUGCAAUCAUAUUAUAGGAUAUUGAAAUGCAUUUAUUGGGUGGUUUCUUACUGGUAUCAGCAUCAAUCCAGUCAAGUGCAAAACUUUACAGUUAUAACCAUGUUUUAUGAUUUUUUUUUUUUUUUGGUGUUGGGUUUAGAAUGAAACUUUUCCACAAUCAUGAGGAUGGUAACAAAUGGGUGAAUAUUUACUUUAGCUAUUAACAAUUAUGUUCUUUGAUAUCUUAAGCUUAUCAUUUUUAAGUCUCUGAAUAAAAAAAGAUGUGCAUGAUCAGAACAUUUACACAAUACCAUUAACCAUUAACUAUAGGCUGUCAAAGAUUGAUUUUGAUAAGUUAAUUCAAGAGUUAUGACACUUUUAUAUUGAUCUUAGAUUUGAUACAAAUGCUUAAGAUCCUACAGUGGGUUGAUAUCUAUAGCCACAAAGUCAACUUUAUCAUUUUGUGCUUCCAUUUUAACUUAAUACUAAUGUUAUAUGAUAGCAAUCAUAUAACAAGAAAACUGGUUGCAAUUUUGAUAUAUGUCAUGGUAAGCAAAAGACAACCUGUUCAAAAAAAAUCGUUAUUAAAAUAUUUAAAUGAUAAAUUGACACAAAUUGCUGUAAAUAAGAAUAAUGUGAUAUUAACAGUUUAGUGAUAAGAAUAUGAAUGAAAGAAAUUGUUUUUUUAUCAUUUCAUAACCUCAUGCAAAACAUGCAACAUUGCUUGUUUUUUUAAUAUAUCAUUCAUUUUUAUAAGAAUAAUGUUGAUACAGAUUUUAGUUAAUUUAUAUAUUGCUAAGUUUGAAAAUAUGCUUUUAAAUGAAUUUACACUUUGUUA